UUAAACUCAAUUUAUUCCUAUCUCGAAGCGCUCGAAGCUAUAUGAAAAAAAUUAAACUGCGUUUGAACCGCGUCGGAGAAAACGGCCAUCAGAAGAGCGCUUUUGUCCGGAUUCCAGCUUUUACUUCGGUUACUUCGUUUCUGAUCAUCGCGGCGGCAUUUUUCAUGUUUCAUGCCCUAUGAGAAAUCAAGCAGACAAGAAUUACAAAAAUUGAUUCGCCACUUGCGCGAAAACAGACAAUACACUUCUAAUCCCUUGGGCAUUUUACAUGGCCUGUUAAUUUGUGUACAGCCGUAUAAUUGAACAUAUAACGAUCGCUAUAUUUUUAAAUAAACAGGUUUUUCAAAAAAACUGCAGUUAUUUUAGUGAAAAAAGCACAUUUCUAUAAAAUGACAAGUUCAUCAAUCGUUAAGCCUCAGGUCGGGCCGUCGGUUCAGGAGUUCAGCAUCAGAGUUCCCAAGAACACAGACAAAAAGCACAAUGUGAUGCGUUUCAAUGCAACUCUAAAAGUGGACUUUUCCGAGUGGACGCAAGUGAAAAUGGAGCGAGAAAACAACAUGAAAGAGUACAGAGGUGUAGAAGAGGAAAUGCCGAAAUUUGGUGCUGGCUCAGAAUUCGGCAGAGAUGCUAGAGAAGAAGCUCGAAGGAAGAAAUUUGGAAUUACAAGUAGGAAAUACAAACCAGAGGAUCAACCUUGGAUACUGAAAGCUGGUGGACGGACGGGAAAAAAAUUUAAAGGCACAAGAGAAGGUGGAGUUAGCGAGAACGCAGCUUAUUAUGUAUUCACUCAUGCACCAGACGGUGCUAUCGAAGCUUUUCCUCUUCAUGAGUGGUACAAUUUUCAAGUGAUCCAGCGGUAUAAAGCUUUGAGCGCGGAAGAAGCAGAGCAAGAGUUUAGUCGAAGAAAUCAAGUAAUGAAUUAUUGGUCGUUGAUGUGUCGUAAGCGAUUGAGAAACGAUGAGGAUGGUGGUGAUGACGAUGGAGAGCUCGCAGAGGCUGGUAGAAAAGCUGGUAAGAAACCGACAAAAAAAGAAAAAGAAUUGAAAAUUUCGGAAAUGGAUGAGUGGAUGGAGAGCGAUGAUGAUGACGAUGAUUCCGACAGCGAUGCUGAUAAAGAAAAAAAGAAAGCAGCAGCUUCAGACGAAGAGAUUAAUACGAAAAAGAAAAAAGGGAAAAAUGUUCCAGCAAAGAAGAAAAAAAAGAAGAACGCGUCGGACGAUGAAGCUUUCGAAGAGAGCGAUGACGGGGAUGAAGAGGGUCGGGAAUGUGAAUACAUUUCCGAUUCGACGGAUAUGGAAUCCGAAAAUGAACAGCAUAGUACUGUUAAAUCCGUCGCUGAGGAGGAUGCUUUGAGAAAAUUACUCGCAUCGGAUGAGGACGAUGACGAUGAGGAACAGAAUGAAAAGAAAGAGGGCGAGGAUGACGGUUCGUCGGACGCUGAGGCUAAGGACAAAGAUGAUAAAGAAAAUGACAAAUCCACCAAAGACGCUGAUAAGAAAACAAAGGAAAAGAAAAAGAAGAAAAAACAAUCAAAAAAGAAAGACAUGAAAAAAGCGAGCCCCACCAAAGAUUCGUCGAGUGAUUUCUCGAGCGAUUCAGGCUCGGAUUCUGAUAUCGCUACCAAAGAGAAAGAGAACAAUCGAAAGCCAAACAGUGCACACAGCUCACGAUCGGCGACUCCGACACCUAUAACCGGCUCGGCAGCAGUUAAUGAUCAGCAUAAAAGAAAACUAACAAGCUCACCGGAUCUUUCGCAAUCGAAAAAACUCAAACUCGACAAUUUCAAUCUCGUUCCUUCGACUUCUUAUAUUCCAGGCAGCAGUGAAUCUGGAAUAACCGAAGACGCAGUUCGGCGAUAUCUCAUGAGGAAGCCUAUGACAACAACGGAGUUACUGCAAAAAUUCAAAUCGAAAAAAACUGGUUUGACAUCCGAGCAACUCGUUAACGUUAUGACCCAGAUCCUGAAGAAGAUCAAUCCUACAAAGCAAACGUUCAAGAACAAGAUGUAUCUAUCGAUAAAGGCUCAGCCGAGCUUGUAAAUACGUAUAUUUAAGUCGAACGGAAUUAUGUUAUUUAUUCGUUCCUCGUUGUAUGAUAUGACCAAUGUGCCGAUGAACAUAUAAAUUUCAUACGGAAAUACAUCGUAUCAGUCCAAAUAGCAA